AAAUGGUUUCUUGCAGAAAACUCCUGAUGAAGAGAAGCUACGUGUGUUGAAGACUAAAGUCAGCAAAGUGAUGCCUUGAAAUCUUAAAAGAGAACUUAGUUUUUUCAUUGGAGAAGUUUUGUGAAGAUGCCGAAACUGAAAUCAAAAUGCAGUUGAUCUUUGGGUCUAUCGAUUAGGAUUGGGAAUUGAGUUAGAAUUAGGGAUAAGGGGUUCAAGGUCAUGUAAAUGUAAAGCCAGGGUAAGUCUUGUAAUAUGAUCAGUGCAUAAGUGAGGUGCGGUCAAAUUCAAGAUGGCGUCAAUUUGUUUAUUUUUUAGCGGCUAGUCAGUGCGUUAUGAGGGAAAAAAAUGCUAUGUGGAUUAAUUUGUUGACGUCUAUGAGUUUUCCUAAGAAAAGUUCUACAAAAAUGAUUUGGGUACUUUUCUCUGUUGUCUUUUUGGCAUUCGCAUCGACAGGCAACACUCAGGAACAAAAACCACAGCUGAUUACUACUGAAAUUAGAGACUACUAUGGUUACAUAAAAGACUUUGAAGGAUUUUUAUGCCAGGCAAAAGGAACAAAUCUCAAAUACAGAUGGCAACAUAAUGACCUUGUAGUGGAUCCUGAUUACAUUCUCAAGUUUCCAGUUACAAACUCUUCAACACUGAGACCUAUUAUUGGAUAUGUUGACAAAAGUUAUGAUGGUUUUUACCAGUGUUUUGUCAGCAACUCCAUUGGGACCAUCUUUGGACGGAAACACAUCGUGCAGUUUACAAUUGUUGGUGAAUUUCUUGAUGCUUCAAGUAAAACUUCUAAUGUAAAUGGUGAAGUGGGCUCACCAUUCAUGAUAGAUUGUCCACCUCAUCAAGAAAGUCAGCGGGUCACCUAUAGAUGGUGGUAUGACGCUGAUGGUGAAAGUUCACCAUUACCUGCUAAAGAACAUUAUUUUGUUUUACAAAAUGGAACAUUGGUUUUUUCUAUUCUCCGCGAUACAGAUGUUGACUUUAUCAAAAUUAAUAAUGGAAUUUUUUGUCAAAUCAGUGCCAAAGUUGACGAUGAUCGUACUUCACGUGACAGUAAGAAAAUUAUCAUUGUAAAGACAACUACAGUUACACCAACACGAAGAAGACCAAACAUAAUAACAGACAUUGGAAGUAAAACUAUAGAUAUAAAUACACAGUCUUUAACAUUGAAGUGUUUUGCUGUGGGAUAUCCUCAGCCAAAGUUAAAGUGGUACAGAAUUAAUAGCAUUGACAAUGCUGAAGAAUUAAUAACUAAUGGAAAAGAUUUCAGGCUUGCACGUUACAACCAGCAUUUGACUAUACCAAAUGUGGCAGACGGUAAAGCUGGAAAAUAUCGAUGUAAGGCAGAGAAUUCUGAAGGAACAGCUGAGAAAGAUGGAGUGGUGACUGUUGCAGAACAGCCUCAAUGGAUGACAAAUGGUCAGUUAAAAGAUACAGAACCACCUCUCUACAGCCGUUUGACAUGGUCCUGUGGUGCAUUUGGUGGAGUGAAAUAUUCUUGGUUCAAAGACGGAGUUGAUUUAUCCGGAAAAACUGGAAGCGGUCGGAUAGUCAUAGAUGAUAGAAAAAACGAAGGAAUAUCUUACUUUACAAUUACAAAUGUGACAGACCUAGACAAUGGAAUGUAUCAAUGCACAGCAGCUAAUGAACUGGAUAUUCUUUACUCCAGCGCCCGAUUAAAAGUAUUUGAGAAGAAACCUGAAUUCAAGCAAGAAAUGGGUCCUGUAACUCUAAUUGAAAAUACCACUGGUAUCAUUAUAUGUCCUGUUUUUGGUUCUCCUUUACCGAAAGUCACGUGGAAAAAGAAUGACUUGAUCGUUUUGAGGGAUGGAGUGGGUGUUGUACGACCGGGCGCCGAUAAAUCCCGCUAUACACUUAGUAGUAAUCAAUUCGAUCUGUUGAUCUCUAAUGUGCAAAAAAGUGAUGAAGGUUCAUACAGUUGUCGUGCUGUGAAUCGUCAAGGUUCUGUUGAAGGAUUCAGUGUUGCAAAAGUCGGCAAGGGCAUUUCAUGGGUAAACGUUCCAGUAAGUAAUGACAAUGUUACCGUUUCUUUUCGUUUUGAACUGGACUGUGAAGCAGAAGGCGACGAUAGUUAUGAAAUCAAGUAUCGUUGGUUACGUAAUGGUUUACCGCUGCAAUAUAGCGCCCGUAUUCACUGGGUGAAGGAAGCUUACAGGCUGGUUGUACUGGACGCAAUAGUGGAUGACACUGGUACCUAUACUUGUAUUGCAUCAGCAGAAACACCGCUGUACAUUGAAAGGAGGAAAGAUGUUGAGAUCAUUGUCAAAGCACCUGCCAACCCCCCUGACAUUGUUAGAGUUGAGGGCAGUUGUUGGGAUAAAAGUGCUAGUUUAACAUGGCGAGUUGGAGCAUUAAACAAUGAAGAAGUUUAUGCAUACUUCAUUGACUGGACGACUGCUUAUGACCGCACUACGUGGACACGUCUUGUCAGAAUUUCAGAAUAUGAAAACCUAAGGUCGUAUAAACUGGACUUUACUAAACUUCCAGCGUAUUCACAAAUAUCCUUCAGAGUCUCCGUGUUCAACCGCAUUGGAACAGGGGACACCAGUAUCCCAACAAAUCCCUCGGAUUGCAUCACUAAGCCAGCUGCUCCAUCACGCUCACCUUCCGAAAUUAAGGGUGUUCCAGGAAAGAUAAACGAGUUGAGGCUAGAAUGGAUUCCCGUACCACAGACUUAUUGGGGAGGUCCUGGUUUUAAUUAUACCGUGCAAUGGCGUCCUCGUACGGCAUCAAGAAAUCUCCAAGCUGACUGGACUGAUUCUGAUGUUGUUACAGCUAAACACUUAGAUGGCAACAAGAAUUCUGUGACUGUAAUGAAUCCUGGUGAUAACGUUGAAUGGGAGUUUAGAAUUUUGGCUUCGAAUGCCGAGGGUCAAGCACCAAGCUGGACGUACGGUUCCUCGUUCUCUGGUCAGAAUGCUCCAAUAUCAAAACCAAUGGGUCUUACUCCAGAUCGAGUCACUGCAAGAUCAGCAGACAUUAGCUGGGGGCGAGUGACAGCAGAGAGAAAUGGAACUAUAAAAGGAUACAAGAUCCAAUACUGGCAAGGUGGCAUUGGAAUGAAUAUUGAGUACGAUAUGAACCCACCAAAUCAUACGUUGAUGGAUCUCGAGGAUAUUAAGAUACAAGAAAAUGAGCUUAUUGAACGUUACAGACAAAAACGCGAUGUUGACGCGCUCGAUAAAGCAACACGAAAUCUUCGUAAAAGGGACACGAGAAAAUCACAGGUAGCCAAAGCACUCACGAAACGUGAUGUAAAAAGUUCAAUAGUUGAACGAUAUUUGUCGGACAUUGCACGAAGUGUGAGCAAGCGUGAUACACGUUUUGUGAACGUUGCACGUGUUCGAACGAAACGUGAGGAUGAAGGCGAAGAUACAGAAAGAGAGGAUCCCCUAGAUCUCUGCUUCGAUCCAAGUAAGCCAUGUUAUCAAGAUGCAAGAGAUAAAGAAUCGCAACUUAUAAAUUUGACACCAUACAAAACUUAUCAUGUUCGCAUUGCUGCAUACAAUAGCGGAGGACUGGGUCCAUGGUCUGAUGAAUUGAUUUUUAACACAGCUGAAGCACCCCCCGGUCCACCUUAUGCUGUCUUCACGUACCCAUACGACAAAUAUUGUAAAAUCACGUGGAAGCGACCUCGUCAUGAGAACGGUAUAAUUCGAGGUUAUCAAAUUUACGGUAAAGGAAUAACUCGAACAAAUGUUUCUUGGUAUGAAAGAAGAUAUAUUAUUUGGGGUUUAAGCCCUAAUAAUGUGUACGAGGCAAAGAUUCGAGCAAACACAAACACUGGAUGGGGUGUUCCUGUCUUCAGAUGGUUUCAAACACAUUCUGCAGAAAAACCAGCCAAACCUCUCACGCCUGAGGUCGUGGGAUAUGGUCCGAAUGGUGUAAAUGUGACCUUCUUGGAACCCGAACCCAAAACUCUCCAGAAAUAUGGCGGCGAGAUGGACGAAGAUCCAUGGGAAUUACGACCUGUAGGGGGCUUUGAAAAUGAACACAAAGGUGUCGGGGGGUACCCUGAGACAUUUUAUGUUGUGUAUCGUCGUAAGGGGAGCUCACGUUUGGAAAGAACAGAAGAGAGACAGUUGUAUGGUCCUCGUGAGCAGACUUGGAUUGUUAUUGAAAAUCUUGUGGCGGACACUUUGUACGAAUUUGCUACGAUUCCUAAAAAUGAGAAAGGGGAAGGACCUCAGAGUGAAUGGGCUGUUGGUUUGACUGGAGGAAUUAUUCCAAGAAUCCAGAAAUUGUAUUGGUAUCAGCGAGAUUGGUUUGUGUCGCUUAUUAUUUUAACGUGUGCAGCGAUGGCAUUGUUUCUAGUCAUUCUUUGUACGACAUCUCAUCUUAAAAAGAUUUACUAUGAAGGUGCUCCUAAACGACGUAAAGAAAGAAUAAGACAGAAAAUUUAUGAACCGGAAGAUGUUGAUGGAGGUUUUCGUGAUUUUACAUUGACGUCAGCCAGAAGUUCAACUGUCGUGACCAGCCGAAGCGAUGCUCCUCCUUCAUAUUGGGACGUUGCCAGUUUGAGUAAACACUCAAGAGACGACGAUGAUGAAGAUGACUCUGACGAUGAAAAACAUGAGUUAGGUACGUAUUACUCAGAUGAGAAAAAGUUGCCUUUGGAUGAUCUGGAUGAGGAAGAUGAGAACACUUCAUUGGCCACGUUUGUGUAAACAACUUGGAACAAGAUAAGAUGCUUUUUUGUCUAGUGAAAAUGAACGUUUCAAAAUUGUGGAUAAUCUACUUUUCAUCUUUUUAUACAUGUAUUUUUUUUCUGACUUUGCAACCUAUUUGGAGUUCUUACUUCUUAAGAAAUAGAUUUCUAACGAUGUAAUUAAUUUCUAUCACCAUAAAAUUAGCUACGUUUAAA